AUGCCAGAGCAGCAGCAGCAGCAGCAGCAGCAGCAGCAGCAGCAGUGGCUGCCUCUAGAAGGUACCCCUGAAGUCUUGGGCCCCUACCUGGUUGCUCUGGGGGGCCCCCAGGCCCCUUCUGCUGAGUCAGGGGCCCCCCAGGGGGGCCCCCAGGGGGGCCCCCAGGGGGGCCCCCAGGGGGGCCCCCAGGGGGGCCCCCAGGGGGGCCCCCUGCUGCAGGUGGAGGACUUGGUGGCCCUGGAGCCGUGGGCCCUGGACAUGCUGGAGUGUACAGACACCGUGGCUUUGCUGCUGCUGUUUCCCUUGAGCGAAAGUGCUGCAGCAGAAGAGGAGCAGCUGCUGCAGCAGCUGCAGCAGCAGCAGCAGCAGCACGAGCAGCAGAUGCAGCAGGAGCUCUGGUUCGUCAAACAGACGGUGCCAAAUGCAUGCGCCACUGUAGCGCUGCUGCACUGCACAGCCAAUUUGCCCCGCAGCAAAUUUCCCCUGCCCGAGGAGGGGCUUCUUCACAAGUUCUUCCAGGACACGUGGCCGUUGGACGCUGGGGGGCGGGGGCGGGCGCUGGAGAGCCACGAGGGUUUGGCGCUGCUGCACUUGCUGCAGCAGCAGCAGGGAGCAACAGCAGCAGCAGCAGCAGCAGACACAAACCUCCACUUCACUUGGCCUCACGUGGAACAGCAGCAGCAGCCGCUGCAGUUCUUGGCUGUCUGUACACUGAACGUCGUGCUGCAGCAGCAGCAGCAGCAGCAGCAGCAGCAGGAAAGCAGCAUCAGCAGCACGAGCAGCAGCAGCAGCUGCAGCAACGCCGCGUGCCCCGCCACAGCCAAAAGACCUCGUGCGCAGCAGCAGCAGCAGCAGCAGCAGCAGCAGCAGCAGCAGCGCAGCAAACACAGCCACAGCGCAACCCUGCAGUAUGAGCGCCAGCAGCAGCAGCAGCAGAUGCUGCAUCCUCUGCUUGGGGGGCAGCAGCAGAAGAGAGCGCCUCUUGACCCACUGCAAGGAACUGCCGCUGCUGCUGCUGUUGCUGCUGUUGCUGCUGCCGCUGCUGCUGCUGCUGCUGCUGCUGCUUACCUGCGGGUCAAGAAGCAGCGUCCUCAGAUGGUCUCCUUCCAAGUACCUGAGGUGUACAGACACUCCGACCGCAGCAGCAGCAGCACUUGCUGCAGCAAAGCAGCCACAGCAGCACAUCAGCAGCAGCACAGCAGCAGCGGCAGUACAGCACAGCAGCAGCGGCAGUACAGCAGCAGCAGCAGCAGAGCAGCAGCACAGCAGCAGCAGCAGCACAGCAGCAGCAGCAGUACAGCAGCAGCACAGCAGCAGCAGCAGCACAGCAGCAGCGGCAGUACAGCAGCAGCACAGCAGCAGCGGCAGUACAGCAGCAGCACAGCAGCAGCAGCAGCAGCAGCAGCAGCAGCAGCAGAGCAGCAGCAGCAGCAGAGCAGCAGCAGCAGGGUCACCUUCUGUCCCCAAUGGAGGCGAUAA